GGAGGCGGCUGCGGGUAGCAGGACGUGGCAUCUGAGCAAUGAAUAAAUUACGGCAGAGCUUUAGGAGAAAAAAGGAUGUUUAUGUCCCUGAAGCCAGUAGGCCACACCAGUGGCAGACGGAUGAAGAAGGGGUUCGGACUGGCAAAUGCAGCUUCCCAGUUAAGUAUCUGGGACAUGUGGAAGUGGAUGAAUCGAGAGGAAUGCAUAUAUGUGAAGAUGCUGUGAAGAGGCUGAAAGCUGAAAGGAAGUUCUUCAAAGGCUUCUUUGGAAAAAGUGGAAAGAAGGCAGUGAAAGCAGUCCUUUGGGUCUCAGCGGAUGGACUCAGAGUGGUUGAUGAGAAAACCAAGGACCUUAUAGUUGAUCAAACAAUAGAGAAGGUUUCUUUCUGCGCUCCAGAUAGGAAUUUUGACAGGGCGUUUUCUUACAUCUGUCGAGAUGGCACUACACGCCGCUGGAUAUGUCAUUGCUUUAUGGCUGUAAAGGACACCGGGGAGAGGUUGAGUCAUGCUGUCGGCUGUGCAUUUGCAGCCUGCUUGGAGCGAAAGCAAAAGAGAGAGAAGGAGUGUGGAGUGACUGCAACCUUUGAUGCCAGCAGAACCACGUUCACAAGGGAGGGAUCAUUCCGAGUUACAACAGCAACUGAGCAGGCCGAACGGGAGGAAGUCAUGAGACAGAUACAAGACACUAAAGUUGAAACGGAUGCAAAAACAGCUGCUUUAAGUGCUGCAUCUGGCAAUACAGUCCCAUCUCCAAGUUCCCCGACCUCUCCUACCGCUGAUGUUGCAGCAUCUGGUGACAAAGAGUCAAAUAACCCUCAUGCUAUUCCACGAAGACAUGCUCCUAUAGAGCAGCUGGCUAGACAAGGCUCCUUCAGAGGCUUCCCUGCACUUAGCCAGAAGAUGUCCCCCUUCAAGCGACAGCUUUCCUUGCGAAUCAAUGAGUUGCCUUCAACGGUGCAAAGGAAGACAGACUUUCCCAUGAAAAACUCAGUUCCUGAAGUUGAAGGGGAAGCAGAUAGCAUUAGUUCCCUCUGCUCCCAGAUUACAAAUGCAUUCAGCACGCCAUCCGAGGACCCUUUCUCCUCUGCCCCCAUGACAAAACCAGUCACUGCUGUUGCACCACAGUCUCCAGCUGUUCAAGUUAAUGGCACUGCCUCUGCCUUCCAUGUGCUUGCUGCUAAGCCAGUUCAAACUACUGUAGCACCCACAGCAAUGCCUGUUCGUGAAACCAAUCCCUGGGCUCAUGCCCCUGUCGCUCCGGCUGCUGCUAAAACCGGAGCUGCAGCCGCUCUUUCUGGUACUGAAUGGAGUUCCAACUCUGGGGCAGCCUCACCAAAUCUGUUGCAAGCAAACCACCGACGCACUCCCUCCGAGGCAGACCGCUGGCUGGAAGAAGUAUCCAAAACCGUUCGAGCACAGCAGCCGCAGCCCCCGGCUCCCCAGGCGCUCCUCCAGCCUCCUGCGGCAGCUCCUGCGGCAGCACCGGCUUUUCCUGUCAGCACCUUUAUUGCUCCCCAGCCGGUACCCAUCGGAGUGGUGCAGCCAAUGCAGCCCGCGUUUAUCCCUGCCCAGCCGUAUGCCGUCGCAAAUGGAAUGCCCUACUCAGCCCCCAGCGUGCCAGUGGUUGGGAUCACCCCUUCCCAAAUGGUGGCCAAUGUGUUUGGCACGGCAAGCCAUCCUCCUGCAUCCCACUCCCAUCAGUCACCCAGUCUUAUAAAGCAGCAGACAUUCCCUCUGUAUGAAACUAACAGUGCUACUGCCAGCCCUUUCUUCAAACCUCCUGCCCAGCAGCAGAAUGGUUCGGCUGCUUUCAAUGGUGUAGACACUGCCAGAUGGGCCACAGAGGACAAGCAUAUACAGCCGCCUGCGGUUGCCCAGCAGGUCGAUCCCUUUGAAGCACAGUGGGCAGCCCUGGAAAGCAAAUCGAAGCAGCGUACCAACCCCUCUCCAACUAACCCUUUCUCAAGUGAAUUACAGAAGACUUUUGAAAUUGAACUUUAAGCAGUCCUGUAGCUUGUGCUUUAGUCUGUUU